CUUCUUUGGGAUGCAAGCGGCUUCGACGAUGAUCUCGAUGACAGGCAGAGGAACAUGGAGUCCACCAACCGCCGGCUUCUUUGGGAUGCAAGCGGCUUCGACGAUGAUCUUGAUGACAGGCAGAGGAACAUGGAGUCCACCAACCGCCGUCUUCUUUGGGAUGCAAGCGGCUUCGACGAUGAUCUCGAUGACAGGCAGAGGAACAUGGAGUCCACCAACCGCCGGCUUCUUUGGGAUAAUGGAAGCGGCUUCGACGAUGAUCUCGAUGACAGGCACCUCCCUGCAUGGAUCAAUGGCCGUCAAAGGAAGCUUCUGGGGUCUACCAAUACAGGGGACAUCAAGGCUGACGUAGUGGUGGCAAAGGAUGGAAGUGGCAAGUAUAAGACCAUCAAUGAAGCACUCAUGGACAUUCCCAAGAACAACAACAAGACCUUCGUGAUUUAUAUCAAGGAAGGAGUUUAUCAGGAGCAUGUCAUGCUUGACAAGCACAUGACCCACGUUACUAUGAUUGGAGAUGGCCCCACGAAGACCAAGAUCACAGGAAAUAAGAACUUCGUCGAUGGAACCCCCACGUUCAAGACUGCCACAGUUUCGGCGAUUGGAAGCAACUUCUUGGCCAAGAACAUUGGAUUCGAGAACUCUGCAGGAGCUGAGAAGCACCAGGCUGUGGCACUACGCGUCCAAUCCGACAUGUCCAUCUUCUAUAACUGCCAGAUGGAUGGGUACCAAGACACCCUCUAUGCCCACACCCACCGCCAAUUCUAUCGAGAUUGCACCAUCUCCGGCACCAUCGACUUCAUUUUUGGCAACGCAGCCGCAGUGUUCCAAAACUGCAAGAUGAUCGUCAGGAAGCCAAUGGACAACCAGCAGUGCAUCGUAACAGCCCAAGGGAGGAUAGACAGGCGCGAGCCCACCGCACUCGUCCUUCAGGGCUGCACAUUCACCGCCGAACCAGCAUAUCUCCCACUCAAGGAUAAGAACAAGGCUUUCCUUGGUAGACCAUGGAAGCAAUAUUCAAGAACCAUCAUUAUGCAGAGUCAUAUCGAGGGCUUCAUCCAGCCUGAGGGGUGGUUGCCAUGGAUGGGUGACUUCGCUCUCAACACACUCUUCUACACUGAGAUCGACAACGAUGGUCCUGGUGCGGCCACGACCAAUAGAGUCAAAUGGCGAGGCAUCAAGAAGGUCAAUUUGGAACAUGCUAAGAAAUUCACUGCUGGAACCUUCAUUGGUGGCGAUAAGUGGAUCAAGCCCGUUGGAGUGCCUUACGUUUCUGGCUUGAUGUAAUUCGCGAAGAUAACAGCUCAUAGUUAGUCCUCUAUAUAUAAAGGAUUAAACCGGUCUCCGCCUUCAUUAAUUAAGCUAUCUACAUUUUUGCCCCCAUCAUUAUUUUUCUUGCCUUCUGAAGAACUGUACGUAGCACCAGAUCAUUAUCGUUAAUAAAGCCAAAGAAUGAGAGAAAUUUCAUGUUGA